UUGAGAGGAGGGUUGAAUGUUAUGCUUUCAAGUAUUUAAAUGAAUUGGCAUCUAAAUUUGAUUGGUUUUGUUUUGGCCUUAAAUAGGCUUUGUAUGGCAUGCUUAUGUACUAAAUAUGUAAUUUGACUGGUUGUUUAUAUUUUUCUAGAAAUGUCAAAUGGCCAACAUGAAAUCGAUCAACAUGCCUCUACAGCUUAUAGUGCAAACGAACUUGCUGAAUUGGAAAGUAUUUUUGAUAAAGAUGAUGCAAUGGAUGAAAUGAAAGAAAUGGGUAUAGAACAAUCUUGGGAUGACCCAAACAGGAGGAAGAGAUCUGAGGUGUGGACUGAAUUUGAAAUCGUAACAGUAGAUGGUAACACAAAGGCAAAAUGCAAUUAUUGUAGUGCUAAAUUAGCAUGGAAGAAGGGGGGUGCCACAACUCAUCUCAAAAGACAUUUAAAUGCUUGCAUGCCUCGAAAACUUUUAAGUCUAGCGGAGACAAAGAGUUAAAACAAAGCUUAUUGUCGUUUGAUGUUACUCAAGGUCAUGCAAUGCUAGCAACUUACAAGUAUGAUAAAGACAAGAUAAGAGAGAUUCUUGCAAAGAUGUUUAUAGUGCAUGAGUAUCCUUUUAGGAUGGUGGAACAUCAGUUCUUUGUUUUAUUCUGUAAAGCUCUUAACCCAAAAUUUGAGCUAAUAAAGCGGGUUACUUUAAGGAGUGACUGCAUGAAAAUGUUUGCAAUUGAGAAGUAAAAGUUGAGGUCAAUGUUAAGAAAUGUUGAUAAAAUUAGCUUAACGACUGAUCUAUGGACCUCAAAUCAAACAAUAGGGUACAUUUGCCUCACUGGACAUUUCUUAGAUUCUGAAUGGAAGUUGCAAAAGAGAAUUUUAAACUUUUGUAGCUUGGCACCUCCCCACACGGGAAUUGCUAUUGCUGAUUGUAUUCUUCGGUGUCUAACUGAAUGGGGGAUUGAAGAUAAGGUUUCUACUAUUACGUUAGACAAUACAUCUUCGAAUGACACAGCGGUCAAAGUCUUGAGGGAUAAUUUUGCAAUCAAAGGAAAGCUUUACUUCAAUGGAAAAAUAUUUCAUAUUCGCUGUUGUGCACAUGUUUUGAACCUAAUGGUACAAGAUGGUUUAGCAGAAAUACGGGAUGUAAUUGAGAAUAUCCGCGAAAGUUUGAAAUAUCUGAAGAUGUCUCCUUCACGACUUCAUAAGUUUACUGAAAUUGUUAAACAGUUGAAGUUGUCAACCUCUAAAAUUCUUCAACUUGAUGUGCCUACUCGAUGGAACUCAACAUAUGAAAUGCUAGAGUCAGCAUUGGAGUUCAAACCGGUGUUUCCAAUGUACAAGGAAAGAGACUCCAACUAUAAAUGGUUACCAUCCGAGGAGGACUGGAUACGAGCUACAGAGGUUUCAAAAUUUUUGGAAGUUUUUAAUGAAGUCACAGAAGUAUUCUCAGGACGUCAAUAUCCAACUUCAAAUUUGUUCCUUAAUGAAAUUUGGAGAGUGAAGGAGAAAUUAAAUGAUAUGUCCUCGAUACUAGAGAUUUUGUGAUGCGCAUGACUCGAAGAAUGAAUGAAAAAUUUGACAAGUAUUGGGGAGACUGUAACUUACUAAUGGCAAUUGGAGCAAUUUUGGAUCCUCGCUAUAAAAUGCAGCUCAUUAUAUUUUGUUUUCCAAAAAUUUAUGGUGAGGAUGUUUUUCAACGCCAUAUUGAUGAUGUUCAUGAAGCUUUAGAUAUGUUUUACAAGGAAUAUGUAUCUUCAGAUGGACAAAUAGAUGUUGAUGCUAGCAAUAUCCCUAGUACCUCCUCCAAAUUGAAAAGAAAAAGAAGGGCUAAUCAUGCCUUUCAUAUGUGGGCUGAACAACAUAGGAAUGUUAUUCCUUCAAAUAAAACUGAGUUGGACAUAUAUCUAGAAGAAGAUAUUUGUAAGCCUGGUGAUGAAGACUAUGACAAGUUUGAUGCUUUGAAUUGGUGGAAAGCCAACACUCUAAAAUUUCGUACUCUAUCAAAGAUGGCUCGGGACAUACUAUCCAUUCCUAUUACUACUGUUGCUUCAGAGGCUGCAUUUAGUGCUGGAGGUAGAGUGCUUGAUCAAUAUCGUAGCUCUUUGAAGCCUGAGACUGUAGAAGCUUUGAUUUGUACUGGAGAUUGGUUGCAUCAUGAGCUUGGAUUGGAGCAGUCAUCAAAUGUUGAUGAAGAGUUUAUGCAAUGGAAUACAGAGACUGGUCUAAGCUAGAUUACUUGAGAACUUGAGAUUUAUUAUGUUUAUUGUGCUUCUUGAACUCUUUUGUAGAACUUGAUUUGUAUUGGAUGUUUUUUAGUUUGGCGGGGUUUCACUUC